AUGAGAGUAGUCGACGCCGCCGUCACCCUCGGGGUCUGCGUCGCCGGGGCCACCUCCAAGCAGUGCCUCAGACUCCCCAGCGAUCCCGAAUGGCCCAGCCAGACCACAUGGUCUCAGCUCAACAGCACCGUGGGUGGUCGUCUGUCCGCAACAGUGCCCCUGGGGUCUGUCUGCCAUGACCCAACCUACGAUGCUGUAGCGUGUGCGAACUUGCAAGCCGCCUGGACGGUGCCUGGGACCCACUUAGAAUCGGCUUCUUCCGUCAUGCAAGCCUUCUUUGCAAACCAGAGCUGCGAUCCUUUCACCCCAACUUCGACCCCGUGCCGGCUCGGCAAUUAUGUGAGCUAUGCGAUCAACGUGAGAGGCGCUGCCGAUAUCCAAGCGGCUAUCAGGUUUGCCAGCGUGAACAAGGUGCGCUUGGUGGUGCGCAACACCGGCCAUGACUAUUUUGGCCGCUCGACCGGUGCCGGCGCGCUGGCCAUCUGGACGCACCACCUAAACAGCAUCGACUUCAUCCCCUGGUCGGAUUCCCAGUUCACUGGCACGGCGAUGAAGAUCGGCGCUGGUGUCAUGGGCUACCAGGCGGCUGAGGCUGCCGACGCUGCCGGCGUAGUGGCCGUCACGGGUGAGUGCCCGACCGUUGGGCUUGCUGGCUUCACUCAAGGCGGCGGCCACUCGUCGCUCAGCACGAGCUUUGGCAUGGGUGCCGAUCAGGUUCUCGCGUACGAAGUUGUGACCGCCGAUGGCCGGCUCGUCACCGCGUCCCCCACUGAGAACAGCGAUUUGUUCUGGGCGCUUUCCGGGGGCGGCCCCGGCACCUUCGCCGUCGUUGUCAGCAUGACCGUCCGGACCCAUCCGGCCGCCAAGAUCGGCGGGGGGAUCGUCCAGUUCGCGUCCGCUCUGACGACUAAGGAGAACUUGAACGAGGCCAUCUCGACCCUGCAUGCCCUGCUUCCCGGCAUGACGGACCAAGGCGCUGAUGUCCUGUACACCAUCGCCCCCCAAGGCGUGAUGAUUCGCCCUGUUACUGUCUACAACAGCACAGCCGACUAUGUCAGGGACACGGUCCUCGCGCCUUUCACGGCCAAGUUAGCCGAGCUGGCCAUCCCGUUCGUGGCGGAGUACACCACGCUUUCGUUCCUAGAUCACUACAACAAGUACAUGGGGCCGCUUCCCAACGGCAACUUUGCGGUCGAGUCGUACCAGUUUGGCUCUCGCUUGAUCCCGCGCUCUGUGCUGGUCAACAACAACGAUGGGCUACAGGCCGUGAUUCAGAACCUGACCAGCAACGGCGUGAUCCUGGCUGCCAGUGCAGCCAACUAUAGCGCGCUUCCGGGUUCUCCCAGCAAUGCAGUGCUCCCACAGUGGCGGGACACCACCAUCCAGCUCCAACUCGUAACGCCAUGGAGUUCGGACCCGGCAGCCUGGCCUGCGAUGUUGGCCGACCAACAACGGAUCACGCGCGAGAUUGUGCCUCAGGUGGAAGCUGUCACCCCCGGCAGCGGCACGUACGUGAACGAGGCUGACUUCCACCAGCCUGACUGGAAGGAGACCUUCUUUGGCGUCAAUUACGAUCGCUUGCUGAGCAUCAAGAACAAGUGGGACCCGGCGUCGUUGUUCUACGGUCUCCUGACUGUCGGUAGCGAUGCCUGGACGGUUGACAACAACGGCAGGAUGUGCCGGACUUGA